AUGAUGUUCAACAGCGUCUUCGCCGCCGUCCUUGCGCUUGCAGCUACUGCCGUCGCAGCACCUGCCGAAGCUGCACCAACUGUUGGAUCUGUGCAGUUUUGCCGCGGUGCCGACUUCGUAGAUUGCGGAGACAUCAACUUCACCUACGGCAUUUGUUCCACAUUUGGUGGUCAUUAUCACGACAACUCUGCCACCUCCCUCGAUACUAAGGGUCCAACAUGCAUGUUCUAUGUCGAUGAAUACUGCAAAUCGACUAGUGGAUUCUUCUCUGCGACAGGACGCGUGGACUUGUCGAAGAACAAGGCUUAUGAAUUUGCCAACGAUGCGAUCUCUUCUGUCUACUGCGAGAAACCAUGA